AUGCCGGGUCUGCUGAACCAGAUCACAGGGGCGGCCCUGCCCCUCACCUCGUCUGACGUCACCUCCUUCGUCAGCGGUUAUGCUCUGGGGCUCACCGCUUCCCUCACCUAUGGCAACCUGGAAGCCCAGCCUUUCCAGGGCCUCUUCGUGUACCCCCUGGACGAGUACACCACGGUGAUCGGCUUUGAGGCGGUCAUUGGGGACCGCGUGGUGACGGUACAGAUCAAGGACAAAGCCAAAAUAGAGGGCGGCCACUUUGAGGCUACCGGCAUUCGAGCUGCGACCGUCACAGGAAAGGUGGCUCUGGAUGAGGAUUUGGAGCGGAUCCUCUUUGUGGUCAACCUGGGGACCAUCGCCCCGAUGGAGAAUGUCACCGUGUUCGUCAGCACCUCCUCGGAGCUCCCGACGCUGCCCAGCGGGGCUGUGCGGGUCCAGCUGCCUGCUGUCUGUGCCCCGACUGUGCCCCAGUUCUGCACGGAGAGCACCGGCUCCCCCAGCCAGCAGGUCCACGGCAGAGACAAGCACUGCUUUGGCAGCCGGGCCCUGGACUCCUGGAACAGACUAUGCCUGUCGACCCUCCUGGACACCGACGUGUCCAACCCCAUGGAAUACGAGUUCAACUUCCAGCUGGAGAUUCGUGGCCCCUGCCUGCUUGCAGGGGUAGAGAGUCCCACCCACGAGAUCCGAGCCGACGCCGCCCCUUCCGCAAGCUCGGCCGAGAGCGUCAUCAUCACCCUGGCCAACAGACACACCUUCGACCGGCCCGUGGAGAUCCUCAUCCACCCCAGCGAGCCCCAUGUGCCGCAUGUGCUGACGGAGAAAGGGGACAUGACCCUGGGGGAGUUUGACCAGCACCUGAAGGGAAGAGCAGAUUUCAUCAAAGGGAUGAAGAAGGGCAGCAGCGUAGAGCGAAAGACAGAAAUCAUCCGGAAACGCCUUCACAAGGACAUCCCCCACCAUUCCGUCAUCAUGCUCAACUUCUGUCCCGACCUCCAAUCGGUCCAGCCGAACCUGAGGAAGACCCGCGGGGAGUUUAUCUUCCUUGUUGACAGGAGUGGCAGUAUGAAUGGGACCAACAUCCAAUGCGUCAAGGAUGCCAUGCUGGUGGCUCUUAAGAGCCUCAUGCCAACCUGCCUCUUCAACAUCAUUGGGUUUGGAUCCACGUUUAAAACCCUCUUCCCUUCCAGUCAGACCUACAGUGAGGAGAACUUGGCCAUGGCCUGUGAUAGCAUCCAGAAAAUGCGAGCUGACAUGGGUGGCACCAACAUCCUCUCCCCGCUCAAGUGGGUCAUCCGGCAGCCAGUGCUCCGAGGCUGCCCGAGGCUUCUCUUCCUGAUCACAGACGGCGCCGUCAACAACACCGGGAAGGUGCUGGAGCUGGUGCGAAACCACGCCUUCUCCACCAGGUGCUAUAGCUUUGGAAUUGGACCCAACGUCUGCCACAGACUGGUGAAAGGGUUGGCAACUGUGUCCAAGGGCAGUGCUGAGUUCCUGGAGGAGGGGGAGCGGCUGCAACCCAAGAUGGUCAAAUCCCUGAAGAAGGCUAUGGCCCCGGUCCUGAGUGAUGUGACUGUGGAGUGGGUCUUCCCUGAGACCACCGAGGUCCUGAUCUCACCUGUCAGCACCAGCUCCCUCUUCCCCGGAGAACGGCUGGUGGGGUAUGGCAUUGUCUGUGAUGCCUCUUUAUACAUCUCCAAUCCUAGAACUGACAAGAGAAGACGAUACAGUAUGCUGCACUCUCAGGAGUCCGGCAGCUCUGUCUUCUACCACUCACAGGAUGAGGGGCCCAACCCAGACAGCGGGGACUGUGUCAGGAGCGUGGGGGCACCGUUCAGCCCGAGACAGGCCAAAGACACCCAGCCGUCCAGCGGGGACGCCACCCCCAAUCCCGGUCUAGACCUCUCCCAGCGACGGCGGGCAUAUAGCACCAACCAGAUCACCAACCAUAAGCCCACCCCAAGGACCCUCAUAGCCAGUGACCCCACAACGGCUACGAGGAGAUACCCACUGCGGAAAACCAAGCUGCAGGACCUCACCAACCAGACCAGCCUGGAUGCUCCGUGGUGGCAGAUUGAUUUGCAGCCCUUGCUGAACGGUGGCCCAGACCUGAGCCAGGGUCCCAAACUCCGGGGUCCAGGGGCCCGCAGGCCCUCUCUGCUGCCCCAAGGCUGCCAGCCCUUCCUACCCUCCAACCAGGAGACCCAGGCCUGGAGCCCCAUGAAAGAGCUGGAUCUUGGGUCCAAUUUGAAGCCUGCCUCAGAGAGCCGCAGCCCUGGGGACCUGGAGCCGUCCCAUCACCCCUCUGCCUUCGCGACGGAGACGUCCUCCGACUGGGAGCCCCUGGCCGAGUCUGAGGAGCGGGCCAGCCCCAGCAGGCCCGCCACCCCAGGGCCCGUGCUGGGUAAGGCCGUGGUCAAGGGCCUGCGGGACAGCCAGCAUUUGCAGUGGGAAGUGAGCUUCGAGCUGGGGCCUCCCGGCCCCGAGAAGGGCGGCGCGCAAGAGCCCGACCUGUGGAGCGAGACCUUCCACCACCUGGCGGCGCGCGCCAUCAUCCGGGAUUUCGAGCAGCUGGCGGAACGAGAGGGUGAGAUUGAGCAAGGGUCCAGCCGCCGCUACCAGGUGAAUGCUGUGCACACCAGCAAGGCCUGCAACGUCAUCAGCAAGUACACAGCCUUUGUGCCCGUGGACAUAAACAAGAGCCGUUACCUGCCCACUGUGGUGGGAUACCCCAACUCCGGUGCUGCGUUGCGGAUGGUCAGCUCUCGGGUCCUGACUCGACAGUGGAAGGGCACUUCUGGAUUCAGGCGGUCCCAGACCAUGCUUGGCGAAGACUCAGCUGCAGGGGACAGCAAGUAUCAGAAUCUAAACGUGGAGGAAAGCGUGCUGACGCCCUUCAGUGAGAACACAGCCCGCGAGAAGUACGCUACUCCUGAAGGUCCCCUGCGAGGUUUGGCCACCAACACUCUUUCUUCCUUGAAGGCCUCAGACACUCUGUUUGGAUCCAGACUGAGUCUCAACAAGUCUAGGCUGUUGACACGAGCGGCCAAGGGCUUCCUGGGCAAACCGCUGAGCAAGACUCCAGACUCAGCCCAGGGGAACCAGAGCUCUGACUACAUCCCGCUGGUGUCUCUGCAGCUGGCUUCCGGGGCCUUCCUGCUCAACCAAGCCUUCUGCGAGGCCAUCCGCGUCCCCAUGGAGAAGCUCAAGUGGACCUCGCCCUUCACCUGCCACCGGGUGUCACUCACCGCCCGCCAGCCCCCGAGUCCCCAGCCGUGCGCCAGCCCCGUGCCCCUGCACCCCUCCCGCGACGGCCUCUCCCAGGAGCCCCUGGCCGAGGGCAGGCCAGGCCAGGAGCCCAGGGCCGUGGUGGAGCACAUGGGGAAGCUGUGGGCCACCGUGGUGGCGCUGGCAUGGCUGGAGCACAGCUCCGCCUCCUACUUCGUUGAGUGGGAGCUAGUGGCCGCCAAGGCCAGCUCGUGGCUGGAACAGCAGGAGGUGCCCGAGGGCCGCACGCAGGGCACACUCAAGGCUGCCGCCCGCCAGCUGUUCGUACUCCUGCGGCACUGGGACGAGAACCUGGAAUUCAAUAUGCUCUGCUAUAACCCGAAUUAUGUGUAG